CUGUCAGUAUCCGGCAAGAAACUGCCUCGGACGCAGGUAGUUAUAUCUUUGUGUUUGUCGAGUGUCAAGUUGAGUCUAACAGUUUGGCUUCAAUGGAGGCUUCACACCGGCCGAUCUGCGGGGUCGUAACCUCUUCAGGGACGCGGUUACUCCUGUUCACAUAGUGUCACGUGGGACAGUGUCACCGAGAUGUUGGUGCCGCAGGACAUGCUAGCGGCCCAGUCCAAGAUGUUGUACCAGUUGAACAAGUACUACGGUGAGCGAGUGCAGACGCGCAAGACCACGGUGGCGAAGACGAUCCGCGAGGUGUGCAAAGUGGUGCAGGACGUGCUCAGGGAGGUGGAGGUGCAGGAGCCGAGGUUUAUCUCUUCUCUGACCGAGUGUAACGGGCGAUACGAAGGUCUGGACGUUAUAUCACCCACGGAGUUCGAGGUAGUGCUGUAUCUCAACCAGAUGGGAGUCUUCAACUUCGUGGACGAUGGAUCUCUGCCGGGGUGCGCGGUCCUGAAGCUGAGUGACGGCCGCAAGCGGUCCAUGUCACUGUGGGUGGAGUUCAUCACGGCCUCCGGGUACCUCUCGGCCCGCAAGAUCCGGUCGCGCUUCCAGACGCUGGUGGCCCAGGCGUGUGACAAGUGCGCGUACCGAGACUCGGUGAAGAUGAUCGCCGACACGACCGAGGUGAAGCUGAGGAUACGCGAACGCUACGUUGUGCAGAUCACGCCGUCCUUCAAGUGUUCCGGAGUGUGGCCUCGGUCCGCAGCCCACUGGCCCAUCCCGCACAUCCCCUGGCCGCACCCCAACCUGGUCAUCGAGGUCAAGACGGAGGGAUUCGACCUCCUGUCCAAGGAGUGCGUCACGAUGCAGGGUAAACAGUCGGCGAUGGAAGGAGAUGCCUGGGUCAUGUCCUUCACGGAGGUGGAGAGCAGACUGCUCUACGGCGGCUGCAGGAGGCGGUGUCUCAGUCUGCUAAAGACCUUGAGGGACCGACAUCUAGAGCUCCCAGGAAACCCGGUAACGAGCUACCACAUAAAGACUUUGUUGUUAUACGAGUGCGAGAAACAUCCUCGGGACUCCGAGUGGGACGAGGCCAGCCUGGGCGACAGGAUCAACGGCAUCCUGCUGCAACUGAUCUCCUGCCUGCAGUGUCGCCGUUGUCCGCAUUACUUCCUUCCGCAGCUCGAUCUCUUCAAGGGCAAAUCACCUUCGGCCCUCGAGAACGCCGCCAAGCAGGUGUGGAGACUCACCAGAGAACUUUUGACGAAUUCAAGAGCACUUGAUAAACUUUAGCUGUUUACAUUUUUCAACUAUGUUUACGAAUUUCCUGACCACACGACCAAUGUUUGUUUACUUGUGAUGUUAAUUUAUUUUGCAGAAUGUCUGUUAUCUGUUAAUUGUAUAAUUGUCUCUUGUUGAAUCCCGUUAAGAUUAUUCCUUUUUAAAUUGCAACCACGAUUUCUUUUUAGCUCCUUGGCGUAAUUUGGCCAGUGCAAGAUAUUAGCAUAGAGAACCCUUUGUGUGCAGUGCUCUCCGGCCUGUGAACGUACGGUAUACUACAAACUGCCAAACUAUGUUAAAUGUUUAUUUUGAGUAUGUGUGACUCUGGCCAGGUAUGUAGAUGUGCAAUAUUUAUUGUAGAUAAACAUUGUUAUUGUAAAUAUAAUUAUUUCAGUUGAACACAAA